ACAAAAAGCCAAUAAGUAGCAAUCCCGUUUCCAUUUUUGUUCCUACUUUGUUGUCUCUUUCUUUUCUUCUCUCUCUAUUCUCACACUCUCUUAGCUUCUUCAACCAAAGACAUGUUCUGUGCUUCACAAGCCUCAACGGCAAUUUGUGCCGCCAUGGAUGAAGCCUCAUGCUCUUCUUCCACCAACACCAUUCAACUCGGAGGCAAAGCCAUCGACCGCCACAACCCCAUCAUCUGCCAUUCUAGAAGAGCAACCCUCUCCUCCUCCUCCUCCUCCUCCUCCUCUUCUUCUUCUCACCCACCAAUCAACCCUCAGAAGAAAAGAUCUUCUUCAAAACCAUCAUCAAGUAAUGCAGAGAAUAAGAACAAGAACAGUGCUAAAAAGGGUGGUCAUCAUGAUCAAAAGAAGAAAAACGUAGCAGAAAAUAAUGUCUACUCUUCUAAGCAGAUUGAUAGCGUUCUGGCAAGGAGAAGUUGGAUUAAGCAAAACAAUAAUAAUGGUGAUUUAUUCACUACUACUCCUCCUGUUGGUUCAACAAGGUGUUUGCUCAGUGACACUGCUUUCUUCGAUGAUAACAAUGAUGGUGUAUCAGAUUUUUAUGAUCCAGCUUUGCUAUUAAAUAAUAAAAAGGGUCAAGAUGAAAUUCAAACUGAAACCAACACUUUAUCUAAACCUUCUACCUCUUCCCAUCAUCCCAAGUCUGCUUCUUCGGACCAGCAAGAAGUUGUCCUAAGGGUUUCUUUACACUGCAAGGGUUGUGAAGAAAAAGUGAGGAAACAUCUCUCCAAAAUACAAGGAGUUAGUUCCUUUAAAAUAGAUUUUGCUUCAAAGAAGGUGACAGUUGUUGGGGAUUUGACUCCAUUGAGUGUGUUGACAAGCAUAUCAAAAGUGAAGAGUGCACAAUUUUGGUCAGUAACUACUGAUUCCGCUGUUGGAUCUAGUUAUUAUGGUACUUUAGAAACAAACAACAAAUAUGUUAUCUAAUUAAAAUGGGUAUGAAGUGGAAUAGUGAUGUUGUUACUGUAUAAGGUAUAUGAGUGAAACUGGACAUUAGUUUGAUUAUUGCAUAUGCAAAUGUUAGAAGUGUAACCGACUAGCUGUGGGUUUUAUGAAUUAAUUUUCUUAUGCAUUCAUUAAUAGUGUAUAAAACAAUGUGUUUUGUUCAAUAAAAACUUAACAACAUAUCAUCUUA